CCGCACCUGUUCCACUCCGGCUGCUCCUCUCUCGCAGCACGCAACACCACAAAGACACACUCCUCCCUCGCACAAGUGACCACGAUGUCCGACUGGCAAGAAGUCGACAUGAAGCACCUCGACACGCCCGAGGGCUACGCGGGCAACCUGACGACCGAGCACGAGGCCAAGCUGCGCGAGAUGUGGGCCGCCUUCUUCGACUGCUGCGACCGCGCCUCGGGCACGGCGACCAAGGGCGUCGGCGUGGCCGGGGAGCUCGACAAUGCCGAGGUCAGCAAGGACGUGACGAAGAGUGGCAUUCCGCAGGACGAUGCGGCAAAGGAGGACGCAAAGAAGGCAAUGGAGGAGGCGGGCAUGCGCGACCUGCUCGCUACAUACGGCUCCGAUGCGCUCAAGGACACUUUCUGGCGCUUCUGUAAGGGCGACAAUCCCGACACGACCCUCCUGCGCUUCCUCCGCGCUCGCAAGUGGGAAGUCCCGCGCGCCAUGGCCAUGCUCGCGACAUGUCUCAAGUGGCGUCUCGAUUCCGGCGUCGAAGAGCUGGCCGAGAAGGGCGACGAAGGCAACAGCAAGGACAUUCCAAAGUGGUACGAGCAGAACAGUGCCGCCAAGAUCUACCUGCGCGGCUGCAACGCCCUGGAGCAGCCCGUCUGCUACGUGCAUCUCAAAAAACACUUCACCAACGGCCAGCCGACGGCGACGAUGCAGAAGUACAUCAUUGCGCAGAUGGAGACGUGGCGCCUCUUCAUGGUGCCGCCGCAGGACAAGGUCACCAUCGUGUUCGACCUUGCCGGCUUUGGACUGCGCAACAUGGACUUUGGCAGUCUCUUCUACGUCGUCAAGUGUCUCGAGGCAUACUAUCCCGAGUCGCUCGGCACUAUGUUCAUUCAUCGCGGCCCCUGGAUCUUCUUCCAAGCCUGGAAGGUCGUCAAGGGUCUCCUCGAUCCCGUCGUGCGCAGCAAGGUUGCCAUCACGCAGAAGCUCGAGGAAGUGACGCCCAAUGUUCCAGCCGACCGCCUCGUCGAGCCCAUCGGCGGCGACGUCGUCAAUCUCUUCGAGUGGAUCGCCCCUGAAGCCGGCGAGAACGACAAGCUGCUCGACACCGCCACUCGGGAGCGUCUGAUGGGCAUCCACAGCAAGCUGGCGGCCGAGUACGAGCGCAUCACGCGCCAGUGGACCUCUGCACGCGGCUCGGCGCAGGAUGCAGAGCUGACCGAACAGCGGCGCAUCCUCGUCAAGAAGCUUCGCGUCAGUCAGUUUGGCCUCGAGCCGUACACUCGCGGCGUCACAAUUCAUCAUCGCAACGGCACGCUCGUCGCUGGCAACCCGGGCAUCGUGCGCUGGGAGUACGUGCUCAAGAACGGCGAGCACAUCCGUCAAAUCGUGGGCCGCACAGCGGCGCAAAAGUCCCUCUGGCGCGAGCUUUCGGAGAUCUCGCAGGGCUCCAGUGUCGACGAGGCCGAGGCCAAGACGGCACGGUUGAUUGAGAGCGGCGAGUGGGGACCGUGGGAUACGUGCGACGAUCUGGGAGAGGAGGUUAUUACUCGAGCACAGUCGUACGCCAGGCAGCCAAGCGCUGCCGCCUUGCCUCCGACAUCGAACGGCGUCCAACCUGAGGCAGCCCCGGCAGCGGCGCCGCAGCCCGUCGCUCAACCCAACGGCGACUCGCACGCACAUGCAGAGGCGCCCAUCGUCUCUGGCCAGCCUGCCGCUGAGCCGGACGCCGCUGCGGCUGCACCUGCGCCGGCGGCCAAGCCGCUCACCAACGGUCAUCCUGCGUCCGCACCCACGCAAGCGCCCGCAACGGCUCAGACGAGGACCUCAGCGCCCGCCAAGAAGAGCUCCGCGCCAGCUCCCGUCUCGGACUACUCCUCCGAGAAGGCUGGAGGCGGUGGAGGCGGUCUGUUUGGCUCCAUCAAGCGUCUUUCUCGUCGCGCUUGACCUGUAUCAUCUCUCCCCUCGCUGCUCUGCCCCGUCGCUUCUCCGAUACCUGUCUCCUACUCUAUUCCAGACGAAUGCUACGUAUGCC